AUGGCUACCAGCCUAUGGGACACAUACUCAGGCAUCUUAAGUCAUCAAGCCAUGAUCCUGUCCGUAAACUCCAGCUUUGUGGAUCCCGUACUACAAUUUGAAACUCAGUUGAAGAUACUAAAGUCGUCCUUUAAAUUGGUAUUUACUAUGCCCAAUCUUAAAGAAGUGAAAAAAGCGGGAAACAGCGCAGACGAUGAGGAGGACCUGAAGAAUUUAUACUGCAGUAUUUUAAACAUAUACAAGAACACCCUUCUGAUCUUAGUGUCUAAAGACCUCUACAAACUGCAAAUCUUAAAGGAAAUGAUUGCAUGGAUGAGUGAGGACAGCUCCUUCCUGCAGGAGAGGGUCCUGGUGAUGAUCAGCCAAGUGCUACGCUUCGCAUCCAAGAAAGUCAAGGGAUGUGAAAAUGUGGACGCUCCGUGUCUGGGGGUCCUAGCAGCAGAACUGUCUCUUCUGUGUUUCCAUACUGAUCCAUCCACCGCACAACAAGCAUCCCUGGGGUUGUAUCACCUCCUCUCCAUCGCACAGUGUCAGAAUGAUUCAGAGCUCCAACCCAACAUCUUACAAGACAAAACUAACGUUGCUCAGAGGGUAGGACAAGCCUUACUGCCCUCCUUGCUGACUGACUUUGUGUGGAGUCUCUUGAUGAAGCUCUCUGCACCCAGUUACACAACUGCACUUGAGGCGGCCGCCAUAUUGAAAGUGACUCUGGAAUACUACUCGUACAAGGUCAUCAUGGUGACUAAGAUCGUGAAUAUUAUUUACAUGCAACUUUGUGAAAAUCCUUCGUGUCUGAUGAAGCAGGCUAUGUUGCAGGUCAUUGCUCUGCUAACACGCACGUCACCCAAAAAAGUCAUCUUUCAGCUUAUGGAGUACCCAAGCCCAGCAAACACCCCUUUGAUCCUGAUGUGGAAAGCGGCUGGUUCCGAGCCAAGUGUCACCCCGUAUGUGCUGAAGACCAUCUUGUUGAUACUGAAAGGAAAGCCGAAGGAAAUACAGAACAGCCUGAAGGACCCAACAAAGUUCUCUCUCAAAGCUAAUAUGAUGCCCAUGGCGGCAUCUCAGGCCCUGUGCGUGUUGCUGUCUCUUGGUUCUUGCAAGAAAGCGGUGGCCCAGUUUUUCCCUCAGCUCUUGAUGGCCAUCAUGUUUCAGCUCUUUUACAGCAGCAGUGUGAGACUGGUGACAGACCACAGAUUCUUCUAUGCCCAGGAUGCCCUGAGGACUCUGCUGAACUGCUCUGGACUGCACGAGGUGAAUAUGGCUCUGAAGAAAAAGAAUUGCUGGGACGAGUUUUCCCAGGAGCUGUUUGGCCACCAUGGGGUCUACCUCAUUGCCAAAACUCUCAGCAACCAUAACUUUCCGCAGUUCCCAGAGACCUUGCAUUACCUCUACAAGCUCUCGGUGGAAGGUCUUCAGAGGUCAGAGGACAAUGUCAUCACAGUAAUUUUUCUCACUGAACUGCUGAACAGCUUCUUCAAAGACCCAUUGCCAGAAGAGUUUCUGGCUCUCUUCAUAAACUGGGUCAAUAACUCUAGUCCUACAGUGAGCAAACUGAGCCUUCAGAAAAUCGCCAGCAUGGCGCCAGUUAUCAACCAGAUAGAAAACAUCAGCAGCAUAUUACUAUCCAUCCUGCAUGCCUUCCAUUCCAAAGACAAGACGGUUAUAAGUCAGGCUUUGCUUACCCUUCGAGGACUUUUAAGAAAGCUGGACAAGCUGACCUACUCCUCUUUGUGUACCAAGAUUGCUUCAAGCUACUGUCAUCUGAUGGACCACAACAACGCGGAUAUUCGGUGUAUGGCCAUCCAACACUUUGGCCAAUUACUCCAGGACAUGAGUCAGUACACCUGGAUGCUGAAUCCUGUGGCUCUCCGGGGCUUGGUGCCUCUGAUCCUGUUUCUGGAGGAUCCAGAGAUCAGAGUCGUAGAAGCAUGUAAACACACAUUAGAAACCUGUGUAAAUAAAUUACACUGGCCACAGUCGUUUUUGCUUAACGAUCAACAUCACAAUUUUGAGCGGGUGGUGCUGAACCUCUGUAAUGAUCUGCUCAUGUCACAUGGGAGCUACAUUAUACAUUUGAUAGAUGACACCUUAGGAUUCCUGGGGAGCACCCAAGUAUAUUUGAGGAGAUCAUCAGUUAUUUUAAUAGGCUACUUGGCAACAUUGGGUGGCCAUUUACUGCUCAAAGACGAACUUCAAGUCAUGUCUAAGGCCGUUGAGCCAUUGCGUCGGGAUGAAGACCCGGUGAUCAGGAAGUUGGCAGACACGACCCAGAAACUUUUUAAGAAAGUGGCCUAUAAACUGACCUCCUCAAAUGUGAAACAAAGCUUCCGAACAGUGUUUAACUUCAUCUAUGUCAAAAAAUUGAAGCUUCUUUAUAAAUAUAACUGGACCAACAACCCAAGAAACAGUCCUAUGGAGAUUAAAGAAACAAAGGAUGAUAAGAAAGACCUUAAGUACAAUGAAGACACUUUAUGAAAGAAUGAGACGUUCGCCAGUGCCCCUGAGUACAACGCAGAAGAGGAACGGUUUUCCUUUCCCUCUUGGUAACUUGGGUCUAUUUGUAAAUGCUUCUCUGAAGGACACUAGAAGCCAUUUUACUGGUCCCUCUUCUUGUCUGCAAAUAUGGAAAUCUGUUGUCUGUCUAGGUCUGACAGUGAUUAGAAAC